UCCUUUAUUUAUGACACAAAAUUUACCUCCAACUGUCAGGACAAUUCCCUGGAUAAAAUGCCUUGCUCUCCAAGAAACCAGUCACCAAUCCUCAAUUUUCACCUCAUCACUUACUCUAUAAUCUCAGUAAUCCAAUAAUUAAAUCCAUCAAAAUCCCAGGAAAAAAAGGAAAAUCAACUAAAUUCAAUACUCUAUGCACACCAUCUGAAGAUCAAAAUUCCAAAAUGUGGAGAAGUUGCAUGAGAGUCUCACAAUCUGCUCUACAAUCCAAACUAGGGUUGGGGUUUUGCAGAAGAUUGAGUUCGAGCGAACCCAGAAAGCGGUUUGCAGCGCUGUGGGGAAAUGGGGAUUUUGGGAGACUGGGUCUGGGAAGCUUGGAGUCACAGUGGAGGCCUGCUGUUUGCUCUGCGUUUGAUCACCACAGUCUUGUUGCCAUUGCAUGUGGCGGAGCCCACACCCUCUUUUUGACAGAAAGUGGUUGUGUUUAUGCUGCUGGUCUCAAUGAUUUUGGACAGCUUGGUGUAUCAGUUGAUAAAAAUUACACAACUGAGCCUCUUGAAGUUUCUGCACUUCCUAAGAAGAUCAUACAUAUUGCAGCUGGUUAUUAUCAUUCUGCUGCUAUUACAGCGGAUGGGGAACUUUACAUGUGGGGAAAGAACUCAAAUGGUCAGCUAGGCCUUGGAAAAAAGGCAGCCAAUGCAGUUUCUGUACCAAGUAAAGUAGAAUGCUUAAAUGGUAUCAGCAUUAAAAUGGUAGCUUUGGGUUCAGAACACUCAGUUGCUGCUACAGAUCAAGGUGAGGCCUUAAGUUGGGGAGCAGGAGGAUCUGGAAGACUGGGUCAUGGCCAUGAAUCAAGCCUUUUGGGGUUUUUUAGAAGCUCCAGUGAAUACAGACCAAGGCUCAUAAAGAGACUUGAGGGCAUUAAGGUAAAGAAUGUUGCUGCUGGCUUGUUGCAUUCAGCAUGCAUUGAUGAAAAUGGAUCUGUUUUCAUUUUUGGUGAAAGAGCAAUGGAUAAAUUUGGCUUUCGAGAGGCAAAAAAUGCGACAGCACCAUCCAUGAUAAGCGAACUGCCGUAUUCUAAACAAGUUGCAUGUGGUGGUUAUCACACUUGUGUCAUAUCAAGUAGUGGUGAACUGUUCACUUGGGGUUCAAAUGAGAAUGGCUGUCUUGGUAUGGGCUUUAUGGAAACCAUUCAUUUUCCUGAAAGAAUUGAAGGCCCAUUCUCAAAAAAUCCUGUUUCCCAGGUAUCUUGUGGCUGGAAACAUACAGCUGCAAUUUCUGAAGGCAAUGUCUUCACAUGGGGCUGGGGAGGUUCAUAUGGAACAUUUUCUGAUGAUGGACAUUCUUCUGGCGGGCAGCUGGGUCAGGGAAGCGAUGUAGACCACAUUAAACCCAAAAUGGUCGAAUUUGAAGAGAGUGUGAGAGCACUGCAAGUAUCAUGUGGAUUCAACCACACAGGUGCCAUACUUGAAUACAUCUAACCUUAGGCCACACCUUACCAACAAGACACCAUAUACUUGGUUCAUAUUUCAUAGAAGCGGUUUUACGUCCCCAUUCAUUCUUUUAUAUCAUCAUCUUUUUCUUAUUUAUAUACCCAUAUCAUCAAAUCAGAAAUAAUAUCUCUAUACCUUGUACAUUUGCUGCAAAUAAAGGUAUAUCUGAUGUAUAUGCAAUAAGUUUUUGAAUCAUGCAAGGGAACCAUGGAUGCAGUUCCCAUGAUACAGUUGCAGAAACAAAUGACAUCCUUGUAAAACAAAGAGCAGCUAUAAGUACCCGAAUGUAAUCAAACACAGAUUUGUCGAUUAUUGUAUAAUUGUAAGGGAGGUUUCGUUCAUUGUUGUACUGUACUUGCAGUUUAUGAAAGAAAUUGUUGUAAAUUA